GUUUGUAGCCGUACCCCCCUGACAGCUGAUCGCUCAUAUUUGUGCAGACUCGUGCUGCUGCAGUUUUACUCAGAAACUUUUCACUAUGGCUUUUCAGUGUCAACGGGACUGUUACCUGCAGGAGUUUGUCACCUCCGUCGUUUCCUGCUGUCCCGCUGAGUUAAAGCAAGAAGUCAGUGGAAAGAAAGAAACUGUCAAGGGGUUCAACGUCAAGCUCCAAGACACCGUCUUGUUUCCUGAGGGAGGUGGACAACCAGAUGACCACGGGCUGAUCGGAGAUGUCCCAGUCUUGAGGGUGACGAGGCAGGGACCAGAAGCCGUACACUUUGUGACUUCCCCCCUGGAGGUGAGCCAGGAGGUGCAUGUGAAGGUGGACUGGGAGAGAAGGUUUGACCACAUGCAGCAACACUCAGGUCAACAUUUGAUCACAGCAUUGGCAGAUUCGAUGUUCGGAUAUAAGACCACAUCUUGGGAACUGGGGCGUCAGAGAAGCACCAUUGAGCUAGACACUCCCUGUGUGAAGCCUGCGCAGCUCCAGGCUCUGGAGGAAGUUGUGAAUGAGAAGAUCAGAGCUCAUGUUCCUGUCACUGUUCAGCUGCUCUCUAUAGACGACCCUGCUGUAGAAAAGGUGAGGAGUCGCGGGCUGCCAGAGGACCAUGCCGGUCCGAUUCGGAUCAUUGAUAUCGAGGGUGUCGAUGCCAACAUGUGCUGUGGGACGCACGUGUCUAACCUCAGUCACCUACAGGUAAUCAAGUUACUGGGAACUGAGAAAGGAAAGAAAAACAAAACCAACCUGAUCUUCCUGGUAGGAAACAGAGUUUUGAAGUACGCUGAGAAAAGCUACAGCACAGAGCGCUCGCUGGUGUCUCUUCUGAAGACUGGACCUGAUGAGCAUGUUGAGGCAGUCGACAAGUUGCAGAAAUCUGGAAAGCUGCUACAGAAAACAAACCUGUCACUGCUUCGAGACAUGGCCAUCCUCAUUGCACAGAAUUUUAAAAACACCCCCAAGAGAGGAAACUUCUUCACCUUGCACAAGAAAGAGGGUGACAAUGAGUUCAUGAAUAUAAUUGCCAAUGAACUAAAUACUGAGGAAACCUUGGUUUUCCUCACUGUUGGAGAAGAAAAGGGACCUGGUUUGUUUCUGCUGGCUGGACCCAGUGGACAAGUGACUGAGAUGGGGCCGCGGGUGUUGGAGAUGCUCCAAGGGAAGGGGGCGGGCAAGAAUGGACGUUUCCAGGGUAAAGCCAACAGUCUGUCUCGGAGAGGAGAGGUGGAGGCUUUCCUGCAGCAACACUGCAAACAUCACACAUCAGAGGAAGAAUAAAGCCGACAGUACCCCAAUACAAAUGUUAUAGUUUAGGUGAUUGUCCUAAAUAUUCAUAUUUUGCGCUAAACGCUAAAGGAUGGGUAUGAGAUUAAUCGUCCAUGUGAAAAUGUAUAUAACUGGGACUUUGGUAUAAAACGUGCUGUACAUAUCUGAACGUUUAAUGUCAUUUGCUUUUCAUAUUCAUUUAAAAGCUCAUCCGUUUAAUUAAAAGUCUUAUCAGAGAAAAUA